AUGAAAAAUACAAUUUCUUUCGUUUUUCUUCUCUGUGUUGGUUUAGUUUCCCCUUUCAACUAUCUUGUAUUCUGCCCGCUCUACGCUCACAGUCAUCACAAAUUCCUUGCUAAAAUCGCGGAUACUCUAUCGGAUGCAGGUCACAAUGUCACUUUUCUUGCUCCAAUCAUCAUUAGAAAAUAUGAAAAUGUGAAAUAUCUGGAUUCAACAAAAGACAUUGUCUAUAUUCAACCGAGUAAGAAGCUGGAAUCUCUUGGUGUCACAUCAGAUUACUCAAAGUUCUGGAACCAAGACGCCACUGCUAUCCAAUUUGUUCCAGCAAUCAGGGCAUUCACAAAAAUGUUUGAGCAGUUGUAUGAGGACUUGAAAGAAGAUUUAACGGUGUUGGAUGAACUUAAAAACCGCAAGUUUGACGCACUCGUUUUUGAAUUUCUGUGCCCUACAGCUUUACCCAUAGCAGAAUACCUGGACAUUAAAGCCGUGCUCCCAUCCUUAUCAAUGACUCACCAUCCUCUCAUGAGCCGACUGAUUGGAGAACCCUCAUCUCCUAGUGUCCUUCCGAGCAUGAUUUCCUCAUUUGGGGAUGAUAUGACAUUCUCGGAACGUCUGCAAAAUACAAUUGGGGAUAUAUUCUUCACACUUUUCGUCCACUUCCCACCGAUGACUUCGUUUAAAAAUCCGGAGAAAUUGAUUGAUGUUGAGGAUAUGACCGCCCGUGCGCCCUUCAUGUUCAUGAACGGAAACCCGUACCUUGACUAUCCCCGCCCACUUCUCACAAAAUCGGUUCUCAUCGGAGGGAUUUCGGUUAAUGUCACCCAAAUGAAGCAAGAAAAACUCUCGGAAAAUUACAAUCAAAUUCUGAGCAAGAAUAAGAAAAAUGUACUGAUUUCUUUUGGCUCGAUGAUUUUUUCAAAAGAUAUGCCACAAGAAUACAAGGAUACAAUCGUGAGGGUUAUUGAGUCACGUCAAGAUGUCACUUUUAUCUGGAAAUAUGAGGAAGAAGACGUCAGUUUUGCUAAGAAUCUUCCGAACCUUCACUUUUCAAAAUGGGUCCCGCAGACUGCACUGCUAGCCGAUUCUCGUAUUUCUGCAUUUGUCACUCAUGCAGGAUUGGGAAGCGUAACCGAGUUGAGUUACAUGGGUAAACCUGCAGUCCUUAUUCCUAUUUUUGCUGACCAACUGAGAAAUUCUAAAACUUUGGCGAGACACAACGGAUCCAUCACAUUGAGUAAAUACGACUUGAGUGAUUUUGACAAGUUGAGGAAUGCUAUUGACACUAUUUUGAACGAGGAGAGUUUCAAAAUUAACACAGAGCGUCUCUCCCAACAGCUUCAAGACCAACCAGUUUCUCCUCAAGAUUUGCUAGUAAGACACGCAGAAUUUGCAGCAAAAUAUGGAGAACUACCGAAUCUUGAUCCAUGUUCUCGUCAGAUGUCAUUUAUUUCGUUUUAUAUGAUCGAUAUUAUUUUGUUUUUUGGUGUUAUUAUCGGGUCGGUUGUACUCGGUGUUGUAUUGAUAACGCGAUGGACGUUUAGUUUCUGUGUGAGACCAAAGCAGAAAGUACAAUGA